CGUUGCACUUGUAUUGUGACGGUCAGGUCUUAGGCCAAUUUCUACGUUUACUUUGAUCUGCCUGAGAUGCCCUCUCAAUCAGCACUCUCAGCAGACGAAAAGUCUAAAGUGAAAUCCACUCUAGACGAUUCCACGCAAAAGAUACUCACCGCUACUGCUGCUCGUAUCUACUUUGCACAUCCGCAGCCAAACAAGUGGUCGUAUGGUGGCUUGCAAGGUGCACUCGUUUUCCUGCGAGAUAACUCCAAAGAUGCCUUCAUGUUGAGACUGGUUGAUUUAAUGGGGACGAGAGGUGUCAUAUGGGAACACGAACUGUAUGAAGCGUUCGAGUAUCACCAGGACAGGCCGUUCUUCCAUUCGUUCGCGAGCGAUAAAUGCAUGGUUGGCUUUGUCUUUGCUGACGAGAAAGAUGCAAAAACCUUCUACAAGAAAGUACACAACCGUAAAGCAGAUAAAGUUCAACCUUCCUCCUCAGAGAAGAAGUCUUCCAAGGGUGGUAGAAUAAAUAAGUCUAUGAUUUCAGGUCCAACCGCUGGUUCCUUUGUGCAUGUUGCACACAUGGGCUUUGAUCAUGAGAAGGGUUAUAACUCCAGUAACGUUGACCCCUCAUGGAUCACCAUACUGAAAGAACUGGAGGGUUCAGGCGUUAGUCGCGAGGUCAUCAACCAGGAUAUGGAUUUCAUAAAAGACUUUAUCCGUGAUGCACAGAAUACACCCCAGCCUGCUAUCAAGAAGAAGCCGCCGCCGCCGCCUUUACCUGCGCCUAGAAAUAGGGGGCACACGCAGCAAAAUAGUGUUGCAACAUCAGUCAAUGGCGAUUCUGCACCUGCUCCCCAUGCCCCUCCACCUCCAUUACGCCCAGUCUCCGCUGCGCCACCUCUACCCCCUGCUGCAGCGCCUUCGUCAUCGCGUCCCACCUGGGCUGCUCCACCGCCGCCACCACAACCACCACAACGGGCCCCUCCUGCACCUGCGCCUCAACCAAUAAGAUCUUCAGGACCACCCCCACCGCCAGUUCGUCCUGCGAGUGCUGUUCUCCCGCCUCCGCCUCCUGUGCGACCAUCAGUCAGUACUCCUCCUCCACGACCACCAGUCAGUACUCCUCCUCCACGACCACCAGUCAGUGCUCCUCCUCCACGACCACCAGUCAGUGCUCCUCCUCCGCGACCACCAGUCAAUAAUUCGCCAUCCCCUCCACCUUUAUAUGAGGAUUCUCCUCCUCCUCCGCCUCCACCACCUCCUCCGCCCCCACCGCCACCUUCAUCCGGAAAUGCUCUUCCACCCCCUCCUCCGCCUGCAGGAGCGGCACCGCCGCCACCACCACCACCACCACCACUUCUCUCAAAUGGGGAAGGAAACACAUUGGCGUUACCCGCUUCCCCACAGCCUGGUCGCAUGGACCUACUUGCAUCCAUUCGUGGACAGAGUGUGGCAAAUCUACGGAAGACGGGUGGUCCUCAGUCAACGCCCUCUCCUCCCCCCGCACCUGCUGUUGAAGAAUCUGGUGGUGGUGGCGCAGGCGGGAAUCUGACCGCCGCAUUGGCUGCUGCUUUGCUAGAAAGGAACAAGAGGCUCGGUGAUAGUGAUGAAGAGGACGAUGAUGAUGACUGGGACUAAUAUCGCUACUUAUUUUCAAUCACGUUUCUAUACAUCAUUCAUAAUUAAGAUUAACCUUUAUGCAGUCAAGUGAGGCCAUGCGAAGCACUAGUACUGUAGGUAAACGGAGCUCGGCAAAUCAGUAGAAAGGAGUCUUGAAGCUUGAAGUCUUGAGUUCCUGACUUCUAAUACAUAUCUGCAUGACUUGGACUGUUGCAUGUGGCCGUACACGUGCAUGGCCUCAUCGACAUCGUUCGAUCUUUUGGUACAGUAUUGCGUGCGAAAGUGAAUGUCAAUGCUGGAGUCUGGGCAGUGGGCUCUGGGGAUAGUUAGCCUG